AUGGUAAGGGUUGAAUUAAUAAGCCAGGCUAAAAAUGAGUUUCUGAAGAGAUAUGAUAAGAAAGUUCCAUUUUCUUGUGUAAUUGAAGGAUUAGUAGAUGAUAAGGAAGUUCUUGUUGCUUUCGUGGAUCAAUCAGAAGGGAUACCUGUCCACUUACCAGCUGAAUUAGAGAGCUUUCCUAUGUUAAUUUCCUAUGAAGCUCUUGAAUUAUACCAUCGUUCAUAUCACAAAGACCUUAUAUCUGGCAUAAGUAUCAGUAAACAAGAUGAACCAUUAAAUGCAAUUACACUUGGUCUUUUAUUUCAAAAUACUGCAGUAUCUAAUAAAACAUUUAUAUUAACUGCAAAGCAUGGCGUGGGAAAGGAGGAUGGAAAAGUGGUUCAACCGGGAACACUCGAUGAGAAGGUUGGAAGAACCACUUUCUUCAGAGAAGGGUUAAUACAAGAUAUGUGGAUGCCUUUUUAUCCUCCUAUUGUCAAAAGGAAAGGUAAAAAAAAACCUAAAGAAAUCAAAGCUGAACGUGGGGACUCCGGUGCACCAGUAUUUGAUAAUGAUGGUAAAUUAUGGGGGAUCGUUAUUGCGGGAGUUAGUAAGGCAUCUUAUAUAAUUCCUAUUCAUUUGAUUUUGGAUAAUGUUAAAGAAAAAUUUGAUGUGACAUUCACUUUAAAAAAAGAAAAAGAACCAGAGAAAAAAGAACUGGAGGAACCUUGA